CAUCCAAAAUGACGAUGAUCGAACAAGAGAAGAAUUCACGGGUCAUUAUCGUCACUGUUGUCUAUCUGAGCCUCUUCCUGGACAAUGUGUUGCUCACAGUUGUUGUGCCGAUUAUUCCCGAUUACCUUUGCACCCUCGAAGGAAACUCGACGAGCAACGAAGACGAUGAAAACGGUCGAGUAGGAUUAUUGUUAAGUUCCAAGGCGCUGGUACAGUUGAUACUAAAUCCAGUAGUGGGUACUCUUACCGGUACUCUUGGGUACACGAAACCAUUGUUCCUUGGAAACUUGAGUCUCCUAUUGGCGGCAAUGCUGUUCGCGUUUGGACAAACUUACGAGGUUCUAUUUCUCGCUCGAAGUAUCCAAGGCAUUUCUUCCGCGUGCAUUGGAGUUUCCGGGAUGUCGUUGGUCGCAUCUCAGUACACAGAAGAGGAUAAAAGAUCGAAGAUCAUGGGUUUCGUUCUAGGAAGCAUCGCGCUGGGUGUUCUCGUUGGAUACCCGAUUGGAUCCGUGCUUUACGAUCUCGAGGGAAAAAUGGCACCUUUCUUAUUGGUGUCCUGCUUCAUCAUCGUCGCCAUAUGUUUGCAAAUUUUCACUUUGGAUGAUGAGACCAAGACCAAGGUAAGUUUUAUGGAAUUGAUGUUUUUAAAUGUUUUCAAUAAAAGUAAUAAAUAUCUUCAGUCCAGCGAGCAGAAGGCAUCAUGGACGCACUUGUUAUCCGAUCCACACAUACUCAUCAUUUUUGGGGCUAUAUGGUGUUCAACUUCACCCAUGGCGAUCUUGGAACCCUGUUUACCAAUCUGGUUACGAACUCAUGUGAAACCCAAGAAAUGGCAGCUAGGAACAGUGUUUAUUCCAGACAGCAUUGGAUACCUGGUUGGGACCAAUUUCUUUGGCGUGAUAGCUUAUCGUUAUGGCCGUAGUAAAGUCGCUGUUCUGGCCAUGUUCGUCGUUGGAAUAAGUGCCAUUUUAAUACCAUCCGCCAUUACAAUGUCUCAGUUGAUAGUUCCUCAUUUAGGAAUGGGACUAGGUAUCGGUGUAGCUGAUGCAGCUCUGGUACCAUUGUUGGCCAGCUUGGUGGACCAAAAUGGCGACUAUGGUCCCGUUUAUUCCAUUCAACAGGUGGCUGUUAGUCUGGCCUACUCUCUUGGACCUAUCGUGGGCGGCGAAAUGGUAAAAUCGAUUGGAUUCCAAUGGGUAAUGCGGAUCGUUGGAUUAAUGAACAUUGCUUACUGUCCUCUGCUAAUAUACCUCACUUUGGAGAGGAGAAAAUCAAUGGCCCAGGACGAGGAAAAGAAGGAUUACGAGACCUUUAAAAAAUCCGUGGCCAAGUACGAACGGUUCCAAGAGUCUGACGAUGAUCUCUGAUUUAACAAAUAAUCCCUGUUUUAUAUAAAGUUAAUCCUAACUGCAAGGGAAAGACCAGAUUAAAAGUACAAUGAAAUUAAUGAAAUAUUCUCUAGUU